AUGCCCAAUCUCACGGCAGUGUCCGUCUUCCUGCUCCGCGGCUUCUCGGCGGUCCCCGAGCUCCAGCUGCUCAGCGCGGCCACCUUCCUUCUCGUUUACCUGGCUGCGGUUCUGGGAAACAUCUCCAUCGUGGCCGCUGUGACCCUUGACACCCGCCUGCACACGCCCAUGUACCUCUUCCUCAAACACCUCUCGCUGGUGGAUAUCUGCUCCAUGUCCACCACCCUGCCCCGGGCCCUGGUGGCCACCGUGCUGGGCUCUAGGAAGAUUUCCCUCCUGGCAUGUGCAUCCCAACUCUUUGCCUUUGUCUGUCUUGGGUCCACGGAGUGUUUUCUUAUCACCUCCAUGGCUUACGAUCGUUGCCUGGCCAUAUACAGGCCCCUGGUGUACCGGGCAGCCAUGGGCCCCAGGACCUGCAUCUCCCUGGUGGCAGCGGCCUGGGCCAGCGGGCUCCUCUUCUCCGCCUUCCACACAGCCAACACCUUCUCCCUGCCCUUCUGCAGCCCCGCGAUCGACCACUUCUUCUGUGACAUCCCCCCGCUCAUGCGCCUAGCCUGUGCCAACGCGGAUGCCCACGAGACCGCUGGAUUCGCAGCCAGCGGCUGCAUCAUCAUGAGCUGCUUUGCCCUCACUGUCCUGUCCUACGUCCGCAUCCUGGCCACCGUGGUUCGGAUCCACUCCGCGGCUGGCCGCUGGAAGGCCUUCUCCACGUGCUCUUCCCACCUGGCCACCGUUCUCCUGUUUUACGGCACCGGCAGCUCUGCCUACAUGCAGCCCACAGCCCGUUACUCGCCACUGCAAGGGCGCAUGGCCGCUGUCUUCUACUCCAUCCUCACACCCACGCUGAACCCGCUCAUCUACAGCCUGAGGAACAAGGACAUGCAGGGUGCCCUGCGGAGGCUCUAUCUCUAG